AGGAUUUGGGGAUUUUUUUUUGGGGUGAAUGAAACAUAGGUCGGUGCAGGUGUUUUUUUUUUUUUUUUUUUCCUGAAGGUUCAGGUGAGGUGUUUCUUUGUAAUAUAUAUAUAAGUAGAGAGAUUCUACUGGGACGAAGUGAAGCCAUGGAAAGCAUAGCGGAGAGGCUAUCAGCAAUGGAGGACCUCUACUUCCCUCGUGCUAUUCAAUCCACCGCCAUUAAUCCUUCUCAGCGGAAGCUCAUCCUCCUUGACCUCCUCUCUCGUGACGUCCCCGUUUUCUUAGAACGCUACGGACCAAAAUUAACACAUGAAGAGCUUCGGGCAUUUGAUGCUUUAAAAGACAAUUAUGAGAUCAAUUGGCACUUAAAUCAUCUUAGGAGCAUAAUGAGUCCAACAACGGAUGAGUUGAGGUCGAAAUCAGUUACAGUGAAGAACCGAAGGCGGGCUUACCUGGACAAAUUGAUUUGUGAUGGGCACUACUUCUCUGAGGAUGCAAUGAGGGAGAGAGAGCCUUACCUGCAUCAUGAGUAUUUAGGUAAGUUUCAGGAUCUAAGUGGAAGGAGCAUGGUGCGACCGGGGGAGAGGUGGUCGGAGACUUUGUUAAGAAGGGCGGAGGAAGCUAUUUUAGUUGCAAAGAUUAGAGGGGAGCAGCAGAGAUUGGGUGUGGCUGAGAGAGAUUGGGUUGGUGUUGAAAGAAACCUACAGGAAGAAGAAGAGGAGGAGGAGGAGGGGGAAGAAGAAGAGGAAGAAGAAGAAGAAGAGGAGGAGGAAGGAGCGAAAGAGACAAGAGGUGCAGAAUCUGCAGAGAUUCCCGUGGAUCAUCACAAGUCGACAAACGGAGCUCAAACCACCACAGUAGGGCAUAGUGAGCGACCAUCUUUAUUGCCUGCCGAGAUGCAAGAUCAGAUGGAGCAAUUUACUUUCAUCAUGCAGCAAAAGUUUCUCUUAGGGGAAGAUCACGAGUACUUAGAUUAUAUGAAGAUAGACAACGAUGAGACCUUGGACGAUCAUUGGCAGAGGGAAGCCAAUCAUGAUGCUGAGGAGAAGUACUUUGAUGAGGUAUAAAAAGCACCAAAGCUACUUUUAACUUAUCUAUAUGUAUAAACUCUUAAUCCUUUUUGUUUUUGUUAAAGUAUGCGACUGUAGUUACACUUGGUUAGCUCUCUGUACAUGCCAUCAUCCAGCAAUUUGUUUUAGUUUUCUUGCUGGGAACAAGUUGAUCUACAUGCACUACACUAAUCUAUUGUAGAAUUCUUCUUUUUCUGA